CGAGGGGCGGCCGGCAGAGCACCGCCGAGCCCCGCCGGCGCGGACCCCGACGCCGCCGUCCGCCCAGCCGCCCGGGCCGCCCUCGAGGGCCGGAGCAGCGCCCGCGGCCACCCUGCAGCCUCCCAUGUUGCUGAAGUUACAGGUGUGCACCACUUCGCCUGAAUUCCUGGUGUCUCCUCAUUGCUCCUUUCAUUCAUCCUCAGGCCCUGCCUCUGCUGGGACCUUCCCAGGCCCCUCCAACCUGAAAGCACGCCCACGGACGCCAUGCGGGGGGCUCUGACACCUCUACCUUCCUUCCUGCUGCUGCUGCUGCUGCUGCUGCUGCUGUUGGGGUGUGGGCCACGGGUGACCUCUGGCGGCGGGGCUGGUGGGGCAGCAGGCUACGCUCCGGUGAAGUACACGCAGCCCAUGCAGAAAGGACCGGUGGGACCACCCUUCCGAGAGGGCAAAGGCCAGUUCCUGGAAAUGCCUCUACCACUGCUGCCAAUGGACCUGAAAGGAGAGCCAGGCCCCCCUGGAAAGCCUGGGCCUCGGGGCCCCCCUGGUCCGCCUGGCUUCCCAGGAAAACCAGGCACUGGAAAGCCGGGGCUCCAUGGGCAGCCUGGGCCUGCUGGCCCCCCUGGCUUCUCUCGGAUGGGCAAGGCUGGUCCCCCAGGGCUCCCAGGCAAGAUUGGACCACCCGGACAGCCAGGACUUCGGGGGGAACCAGGGAUACGAGGGGACCAGGGCCUCCGAGGGCCGCCAGGCCCCCCUGGCCUCCCUGGACCCUCAGGUCUUACUGUCCCUGGAAAGCCAGGUGCUCAGGGGGCGCCAGGCCCCCCAGGAUUCCAGGGGGAGCCAGGGCCCCAGGGAGAGCCUGGACCCCCAGGAGAACGAGGCCUCAAAGGGGAUAAUGGAGUGGGUCAGCCAGGGCUGCCUGGAGCCCCUGGGCAGGGAGGUGCCCCUGGACCCCCUGGCCUCCCUGGUCCAUCUGGCUUAGGCAAACCUGGUUUGGAUGGGCUGCCCGGGGCUCCUGGAGACAAGGGUGAGUCUGGGCCUCCUGGGAUUCCAGGCCCUAGAGGGGAGCCUGGAGCUGUAGGUCCAAAAGGACCCCCUGGGAUAGAUGGUGUGGGAGUUCCAGGGGCAGCAGGGGUGCCAGGACCACAAGGCCCAGCAGGGGCCAAAGGGGAACCAGGGACCCGGGGUCUCCCUGGCCUGAUAGGCCCCACUGGCUAUGGGAUGCCAGGACUGCCAGGCCCCAAGGGGGAUAGGGGCCCAGCUGGGGUCCCAGGGCUCUUGGGGGACAGGGGUGAGCCAGGGGAGGAUGGGGAGCCAGGUGAACAGGGCCCACAGGGCCUUGGGGGCCCCCCUGGACUUCCUGGGUCUGCAGGGCUCCCUGGUAGACGUGGACCCCCUGGGCCUAAGGGGGAGACAGGACCUGGAGGACCCCCAGGAGUGCCUGGCAUUCGAGGUGACCAAGGACCUAGUGGCCUGGCUGGGAAACCUGGGCUCCCAGGUGAGAGGGGACUUCCUGGGACCCAUGGCCCCCCUGGACCAACUGGGCCCAAGGGUGAGCCAGGUUUCACAGGACGCCCUGGAGGACCAGGGGUGGCAGGGGCCCUAGGGCAGAAGGGUGACUUGGGCCUUCCUGGGCAGCCUGGCCUGAGGGGCCCCUCAGGAAUCCCAGGACUCCAGGGCCCAGCUGGCCCUAUUGGGCCCCAGGGUCUGCCAGGCCUGAAGGGUGAACCAGGCCUGCCAGGGCCCCCUGGAGAGGGGAAAGUAGGGGAACCUGGCUCUGCUGGGCCCACAGGGCCCCCUGGUGUUCCUGGGUCCCCAGGGCUCACAGGUCCUCCUGGGCCACCAGGGCCUCCAGGCCCUCCUGGUGCCCCUGGGGCCUUCGAUGAGACUGGCAUCGCAGGCUUGCACCUGCCCAAUGGUGGAGUGGAGGGUGCCGUGCUGGGGAAAGGAGGCAAGCCACAGUUUGGGCUGGGCGAGCUCUCAGCCCAGGCCACGCCGGCCUUCACUGCAGUGCUCACCUCGCCUUUUCCCGCCUCGGGCAUGCCGGUGAAGUUUGACCGGACUCUCUACAAUGGCCACAGCGGCUACAACCCAGCCACUGGCAUCUUCACUUGCCCUGUGGGCGGCGUCUACUACUUUGCUUACCAUGUGCAUGUCAAGGGCACCAAUGUGUGGGUGGCCCUGUACAAGAACAACGUGCCAGCCACCUACACUUACGACGAAUACAAGAAGGGCUACUUGGACCAGGCGUCUGGCGGGGCUGUGCUCCAGCUGCGGCCCAAUGACCAGGUCUGGGUGCAGAUGCCCUCGGACCAGGCCAACGGCCUCUACUCCACCGAGUACAUCCACUCCUCCUUUUCAGGAUUCUUGCUCUGCCCCACAUAACCCACAGUGGGGCCCUGCUGCCCUGGCCUCCUCCUCUUUAGUGGUAGAGCGACCUUUUCAGUUACAAAGACCUUCAUUUAAAGAACAAAUCCAAAGGCUGAACAGAGGCGGAGGUGGCUGUGGCCCAGGAGACUGACUUGCUUUCCCUUACGUGCUGGCUGAUAUUGUUUCUGGAAGCGGCUGGUCUGAGUCUGUGCAGGGUUGAGGUCAUCCUGUUCCUGUCCUGCCUGGUCUGCAGGUGGACCCAGGACACUCAGCCCAGUCCCCAAGUCCUGCAUGCUGCUGGGCCCCUAAGGAGCCAAGGAGGGACUGAGCUCCCUGGCCAUUUGCCAGGGGAGGCUGCCAGCCCUUCCUGCUGGCCACUGAUAACACCUACUCAAGGAAUGGAGCAUGGGCUCCCUCCCAGUCCUCAAUUGGGAGUUCUUCCAGCUCUCCAGGGACCUCUGGCACAUGACAGUGGGUUUUCUGAAAUUUUUGUUUCCCUUUGGGAGAAAAGGGAGAAGACAGGGGCCAUCAAGGUGAUCAGUGUGGAUACUCUACCAAGAAUGUAACUCCAGAGUGAUGCUGUGGCAUCAGGCCUUCCUAUGGGAGGGACAGUUCCCUGCUCCAGCUGCAGCCCAGGGGAAAGGUGGUCUGUGAGGGGAAGGGGUGGAUCUGGGGCGGGAUGGCUGCCCUUCACAUUCACCUCCCUCUACUCAGCUGCCCUCACUGGCUCUGGUCUGGUUAGCGUGAGGGCAGUGAACAGAUUCCUAGGUUGCCACGGCCUGGAAAGAUCAAACUGGCAGGACUGACAGCAAACAUGAACACUCCUCCCACUCUCCUUUUGCCUGCUGGGGGAGCUAGCUGGUUUUAACAAAUUUUGAGGGGAUCCUUGCCAGCCGCAGCCCAAGUGUCCCCAAGGCAGAGACCUUUCUCUGGCCUUCUGAACUAGGGGCACACAAACUUGGGGAUGAAGCCUCCCUCCUGCUUUUCCUUAAUGAGAACCACAUGGUGGGUUUGUGUGCCUACUAGAGGGGUUAAUCUGUGGGGGCUUCCUCUCCUUCCACCCUCUGGUUUCAAUUUCCUGUUCUAAGCAGGAUUAGGGCCCAGGAGGCCAAGGUUCUAAAAGAAAGGGUGCUAACAGGCCUUGUGGAAUGAGCUGGCUGUAGGUACUUCUGCCAUUCUCCCCAGAGCACCUCUGCAGGAAACAGGCUUCCCCUUCCAACCCCUCAGCCCCCAGUUCAAGGUGAGAAGCUUAGCACUGAGGCAGGGAUGGUGGACAUUCUUGCUCAUAUAAGGACUAUCUUUUAUACCAUGGUCGGAGGCCUCUCAGCCCUCACUAAGCCAGUUCGCUUCCCUGUACCAAGUGUAAACCUAGGUCAUUCAACAAGCCACCUUGCUGUAUGCUGAUUCUGACCAACUCCAGAAGUGUGUGGAAGGUGGAGCAUGAUGCUGACUGCUAAGCUGUGGUCCCCAGGUUUCUGGACAGAUCUCUGCUCUGCCCACUUCACCGCAGGCCGCUUGACUGCUCACUUUAGCUGUCAGAGGGAGAAAUGCAAAGCUGAAUUUGCCCAAGUGACCCUUUAAGAACAAAGUUUUUGACUGGGGUCAUGAUGGGUUUCUUUCUCCCUAACACCCAAGAGAAGGGUCUCAAAGCAUACCUGGGAGGGUCCUUUGUUCUGUGGGUUGAAGCCACUAAAGUUUGAUGUUAGGAUCUGAUUGGCAGAAAUUGAUCAGCUCCAACUGGGAGCCCAGGGAACCAAGUAGGCUCCAUGGGAGCCAAAACAAAAAGCAAAACAGCGGUUUCAGAGUUGAGCUUCUGCCAGAUUUCAUUCCCGAAGCCUUAGGGAAGGGUGACUGGCAUUUCUGAAAUGUUUAUGGGAUUUGAGAUGCAGGUGUCCACUUAACUGACUGGGUUUGAUAAACAAGUCAGGUUUUAACUGAAAACUAUGUUACCUUGUGCAUUUUUAUGUUCUGAUUCUUAAUUUUUUCUAAGAUUAAGGUUAAAUGUUUUCAACUAGUAAUUUCAUUUCUAACCUGGUACAGGAAGUUUAGUUCUCUACUUAUCACAUGCUGUGUCACAGAUUUGGGAAAAAUGCACUGGGGAAUCAAAGAAAAUGGGACUUCUUUUUAAAAAGAAAAACAACAGUAUUGACUGUAUUGACACAACCUCAAUAAAACCUG